AUGAACUGGAGGUUUGUUGAGCUCCUCUACUUCCUGUUUGUAUGGGGCCGUAUCUCAGUGCAGCCCUCCCACCAGGAGCCAGCUGGGACAGACCAACAUGUCUCCAAGGAAUUUGAUUGGCUUAUUUCAGACAGGGGGCCUUUCCACCACUCCAGGAGCUACCUAUCCUUUGUGGAAAGACACCGUCAAGGAUUUACAACCAGAUAUAAAAUAUACAGGGAGUUUGCCCGUUGGAAGGUGAGGAACACAGCCAUAGAGAGGAGAGACCUGGUCCGCCAUCCAGUGCCCCUCAUGCCGGAGUUUCAAAGGAGCAUCCGUCUGCUUGGCAGAAGACCAACUACUCAGCAGUUUAUUGAUACCAUCAUCAAAAAAUACGGCACCCACCUGCUCAUCUCUGCUACAUUGGGAGGAGAGGAAGCUUUGACCAUGUACAUGGACAAAAGUCGCCUUGACCGGAAGUCAGGGAAUGCCACUCAGAGUGUUGAAGCUUUGCACCAGCUUGCAUCAUCCUAUUUUGUCGACCGUGAUGGCACCAUGAGAAGGCUCCAUGAGAUCCAGAUAUCAACUGGAGCGAUUAAGGUCACAGAGACACGCACUGGGCCUUUGGGCUGCAACAGCUAUGACAAUCUGGACUCUGUGAGUUCCGUCCUCCUGCAAAGCACGGAAAGCAAACUGCACCUUCAAGGUCUUCAGAUAAUCUUCCCACAAUAUCUGCAAGAGAAGUUUGUUCAGUCAGCUCUGAGCUACAUCAUGUGCAAUGGUGAGGGAGAGUAUGUGUGUCAGAACAGCCAGUGUCGCUGCCAGUGUGCAGAGGAGUUCCCACAGUGCAACUGUCCCAUUACCGACAUCCAGAUCAUGGAGUUCACACUGGCUAACAUGGCCAAGGCCUGGACCGAAGCUUACAAGGACCUGGAGAAUUCAGAUGAGUUUAAGUCAUUUAUGAAGCGUCUCCCAAGCAACCACUUCCUGACCAUUGGUAGUAUCCACCAACACUGGGGUAAUGACUGGGAUCUGCAGAGCCGUUACAAGCUCCUGCAGAGCGCCACUGAGGCUCAGAGGCAGAAGAUACAGCGCACAGCCCGCAAGCUCUUUGGUCUCAGCGUGAGAUGCCGCCACAAUCCCAACCACCAGCUGCCUAGAGAGAGGACAAUUCAGCAGUGGCUUGCACGGGUUCAGUCACUUCUCUACUGCAAUGAGAAUGGCUUCUGGGGAACCUUCCUGGAGAGCCAGAGGAGUUGUGUGUGCCAUGGUAGUACCACCCUGUGCCAGCGCCCAAUCCCAUGCAUCAUAGGUGGGAACAACAGCUGUGCCAUGUGCAGCCUGGCAAACAUCUCACUCUGUGGCUCCUGCAAUAAGGGCUACAAGCUCUACAGAGGCCGCUGCGAACCACAGAAUGUGGAUUCUGAGCGGAGCGAGCAGUUCAUUAGCUUUGAGACCGACCUGGACUUCCAGGACUUGGAAUUGAAGUACCUGUUGCAGAAGAUGGACUCACGCCUCUAUGUUCACACUACCUUCAUCAGCAAUGAGAUUCGCCUUGAUACAUUCUUUGACCCUCGGUGGCGCAAGCGCAUGUCCCUUACUCUCAAGAGCAACAAGAACCGCAUGGACUUCAUCCACAUGGUGAUUGGCAUGUCCAUGCGUAUCUGUCAGAUGCGCAACAGCAGCCUGGACCCCAUGUUCUUUGUCUAUGUCAAUCCUUUCAGUGGCAGCCAUUCAGAGGGCUGGAACAUGCCCUUUGGGGAAUUUGGCUACCCACGUUGGGAGAAGAUCCGUCUGCAAAACAGCCAAUGCUACAACUGGACUCUCUUGCUGGGCAAUCGGUGGAAAACUUUUUUUGAGACUGUCCAUAUUUACCUGCGUAGUCGGACUCGGCUACCCACCCUACGUAAUGAGACUGGCCAGGGCCCCGUGGACCUGUCGGAUCCUUCCAAGAGGCAAUUCUACAUUAAGAUAUCCGACGUGCAGGUGUUCGGGUACAGCCUGAGGUUCAAUGCUGACCUCCUUCGAAGUGCCGUGCAACAAGUGAAUCAGUCCUACACACAGGGUGGUCAAUUCUAUUCCUCUUCAUCUGUGAUGCUCCUCAUGUUGGACAUUCGGGACCGAAUAAAUCGUCUGGCCCCUCCAGUGGCUCCAGGAAAGCCCCAGCUGGACUUGUUUUCCUGUAUGCUGAAGCACCGCCUGAAGCUGACUAACAGUGAGAUCAUCAGGGUGAACCAUGCCUUGGACCUCUACAACACUGAGAUCCUCAAACAGUCCGACCAGAUGACAGCCAAACUCUGCUAA